CGGUUGAAUUCAGCAUGGCAUCAGAAAAGAGCACAAAGAAAGAUGUGCUGAAGGCUGAGGAACAGCAGCAAGUGAGUGCUGUCAAUCGGGUAACCAGCUUGCCCUUGCUCAACUCUGCAUUUAACCUGGUCUCGUCUGCCUACAACUAUACCAAGGAGACCCAUCCUUACCUCAGUGGUGUCUGCAAUGUGGCUGAGACUGUGGCUGCUGUUGCAGUAGGUAGCGUGGUUGGUGGGGCACAGCCCAUCCUGAACCAAUUUGAGCCACAAAGUAAGUGAGGAGGCUGGGGUGACCCUGUCUACGCUAGAGGAAUAGGUGUGGAGGGAGUUUCAUG